AUGAGAAUAGACCUUCUCAAGCUGAAAAAUCUCUAUAUUGUAGUCUUCGGAUUGCCUAAUUACCCAAAGUUGUUCCCAGAGCUAACCGGGGCCUCGAGAGAGCGGGUCAAACGGCUUCUGCGACAGAUUCGCUGUUUGUGGAUUGAUCAGUACGGCCAUGAAUUCACACAUGGGCAUGGAUACCCAUCACCCGGUCACGACUUCACAGCGUGGUUUGUCCGUGCUCUGCAACAUGAGAUGGACCGCGAUCCUGUUUCACCACCGCAAGGAACGAUGACUGCCGCGGAGGCUCACGCAUUUCACCUCGAAACAAUCUUUCUAGAAAGCAUACCAGUAUCGCCCCACGUCCUCAGAUCCCUUACGACGCUAGCUAGGCAGACCCUCAAACGAGUGGAGUUUUACCAAGUCAUUGCUUAUUCUUGUGGUUGGCGCGAUCUCUUGUCGCUCUUGAAUCGACUACCGCAUUUGAUGUACUUUCGGCUGCAAGAAUUUACGGUCAAAGAGGAGACGGGAAACUUCGCCCAUACUCACAUUGGGACUGUUGAUGACGUGUCUUUGGAGGAUGAAUUCUCCCAGGAUAAGCCCGCUGAUGAUAUGGGGCCGGAUAUUGAUCUGUCUGGCGAUGUAGAGGUCGCUGUGUUGAAAGACAUUGCAUUCUCUCGACGCUUUCCAAAGGAAAUGCUUCCAGCCUUUGGCCGUCUGCUGCGUCAUGUUGAUGUGAAUCGAAGUGCUGCUGGAAUGCGUCCACUGAUGGAACAAUUCGAGUACAAGAUACGUCGAUAG